AAUUGUUUCAUUUUCUAAAAAGCGGGUCAGUACUAACUCUAUUUGCCCCAGCAGUUUGCGGGUUUUCUUAUGUCUUACACGCAAACAGACAGCAACUUUGGAACUUGUGCAGAGACGUGCCUGCCGAACGAUCCUCGGGCGACACUACACUGACUACUCAUCUGCCCUGCAACAGUGCGGACUUGAAACACUGGAGGAAAGAAGAACCAACCUCUGCCGUUUGAUUGAUUGAUUGAUUGAUCUACACACACCGGGAAGGACCCCAACCCUUUUGAUAACCAGUAAGAAAAGAAAUGGAGAAGAUGCAACAAACCCAAGAAGACCACCUUCAUCAGACCUUGCUGGGCCUGAAGGUGAAAACCUCUGUUUUAGAGGUUCCACAGGUGGAGCGGGAAAAGAUGACCAGUAGGACCAUGGAGAUGGUCAACACGUAUGAUGACAACAUCAGAAACCUGACCUGGGGACCGGUCAAGACAUCGGACCAGGGAAGUCUUCCAGCUGUUGACGAGAUCAAAGAAGAACCAAGUGAACAUGACCUGGUGUUGCAAGACUUCAAUGCCCACUUGGUGAAUGCCGGGACGAACCCAGGCCAUCCGACAUUCUUUGGAUAUGUUUCGGGCGGCGGUGGAACAUAUCCCGCAUCCUUGGGAGCCUACAUUCCGGCCACAAUGGCUACAUACUCAGGGGUCCAUGGCCAUGGGAAGAUCACAGCAAUUGUUGAAAUGGAGAACAAGCUGAUCAAAUGGGUGGCAGACCUGUUCGGGUACCCCGCAGGGCACGCUGGGAACAUCUCAUCAGGAGCUUCUCUCGCCACUCUCACAGCGUUAGCGGUCGCACGGGACAGCAAAAGGCUGAAAGCCGCAGACUUCCACAGAUGCGUGAUCUAUUGUAGCGAGCUCACCCAUUAUGCUCUAGAGAAGGGACUUCGAGCCGUUGGAAUGAGGGAAGCCAUUCUGAAGACACUUCCAAUGGACCAGUCUUUUAAAAUGACAGCAGCGGCUCUUGAGAAGAAGAUCAAGAAAGAUAAGGAAGCCGGUUUGUUGCCCUUCCUGGUUGCGGCAACUUUGGGCACCACGCUGACCGGAAGUGUGGACCCUGUGAACGACAUCGCUGAUGUGUGUGACCGUCACCAACUCUGGCUCCACGUUGAUGCCGCGUAUGGAGGAUUCUUCGCUCUCUGUGACGAAAUAAAACAGCUGUUUGUUGGUGUGGAGCGGAGCGAUUCAAUCGUGGUUAAUCCACACAAAGGGUUGUUUGUAUCAUAUGGUGUUAGUGUUCUGGUGGUGAGAGAUGGAGAGAAGCUCCGGCAGUGUUGUUCUAUGGAGCAGACUCCCAGCUGCUUCAAGGGAUGUCAAGUGUUCACAGCUGAACAUCUGAAUCCAUCCGAACUAUCUUUUGAACUCACCAGGCCAUUCAGAGGUGCACAGAUGUGGCUUCCACUGAAAAUGUUUGGUGUUGGGGUUUUCCGUGAGGCACUGAAAGAGAAACUUCUCCUGGCACGGUACUUCUACGGGAAACUAAAAGGAACGGGUCAGUUCGAGCUACCACUGGAGCCGGAACUGUCCGUGGUCCUGUUCCGUGCUACAGCGCCACCUGGCGUCAACAUCAACAACUUCAACCAGCAGCUCUUGGACGGCCUGAAUUCUGACGGGAAAAUCUUCAUGACGCCCGCCGUACUUUCCGAUCAGUUUUACCUGCGUGUCUGUGUCCUGUGCUUCAGGACCCACAUUGAGCAUGUUGAUCUUUGCUUCUCUUUGAUCCAAGAGAAACGUCUGUAUAUUUGGGAGUUACUUCGUUGUGAUGCUUAAACUAUCAUUGUAUGGUUAUCGAUAUGGCGUUUUGAAAAGGGGGUAGAUGACGAAAAUGUCCACUUUCUGAGUUGUAGCCAGAUAGAGUCUGAAAAAGACCCUUUCAUUUGUAGUUUUAGUUUAGAAAUUAUAGAGAUUUGAUAUUUCCAAAGUUAUAAUCUUUAGUCCUAAGUGAUGAUAUAUUGUGUAGCAAACAAAUGUAGGAAUUUGAUCAACUAUUAUAUAUCACAUUAGGUGGCUAGAGUGAUUAACUAGGUUAACCAGGUGACGGUUUUUUUCUAACAUUCUAACUUUCUGAAAUGCCCCCCCCCCCGCGCUAACACUUGUCUGUCAAGUGUCAACCGAGGAUAUGGAGGAUAUUCUA